AGGGUACUAUAUACGACACACAUGAUGAACAAACAAUCACUGGACCACUGAAUCCUCUAACUCGUAAAAUAAAAUUAAUUCCUUUGAAUCGAAUUUGCUACCAGUUGUUGUAGCGAUCAACGAAAACAAACAAAAAUUUGGAUUAUUCAGUUACACGAAGAAGAUCAUCAAAGAAGAAGUUCAAGAGUUACUGCAAAUGGCUGCUUUGAGUUCACCUCAAACGUUUGAGGCUUACAAGCAGGCUGCUGGAGUUGCUGGGAACAUAUUUGCUUUUGGGCUCUUUGUGUCACCAAUACCAACCUUUCGAAGAAUUAUCAGAAACAAAUCAACCGAACAAUUCUCAGGAAUCCCAUACAUCUACGCCCUCUUGAACUGCUUAAUCUGUGCAUGGUACGGCUGCCCCUUCAUAUCAUACGAUAACUUGUUAGUUACGACAGUUAAUUCAGUUGGUGCGGUUUUCCAACUGUCAUACAUAAUUAUCUACAUAACCCAUGCUGAGAAAACCAAAAAGUUCAAGAUGUCGGCAUUACUGCUAGCAGUAUUCGGUUUAUUUGCAGCCAUUGCGAUUGGGAGUUUGCUUGUUACUGAUCUUGAACUUAGGCAUUUGAUUAUCGGGUUUUUAAGCUGCGCGACGCUGAUAUCAAUGUUUGCCUCACCACUGUCUGUAAUGAAUGUAGUGAUCCAGACUAGGAGUGUUGAAUUCAUGCCGUUUUACCUCUCACUCUCCACUUUCUUGAUGAGCACCGCGUUUUUGUUAUAUGGAUUAUUCAAUUACGACCCAUUCAUUUAUGUUCCAAAUGGCAUAGGAACUGUCCUAGGAAUUGGACAGUUGGCUUUGUAUUUCUACUACAAUGAUAAAUCAAAACAAGGAAACAGAGAACCGUUAAUCGAAUCGCUUGCGUAACAAUUUCAUGUUCAUAUCUUUCAUAGGAAAUCAAUCAAACCCACAUCAAUAAUUUGCUUAUGUGAACUUGAUUGGUUCUUGAGUUUGAUCUCUGAUUAUCAUUAAAGAAUUGGUGAGGAAUUGUCAUGUUUGUGUCAAUAUGUGAAUUUUGUAGUCCAGUUGUGCAUUUGUUUGUUUGUGAAGAUGAAGUCUGUGACAUCUUUGUUAUAUCUUUGUUUCCAUUUUGUCUUGUAUCCCAAAGUUGUGAAUUUGUAAGUUUUGAAAUUUAGUGCAUUGAUGAUGAA